AUGCCCCGUCCGGCGGGCAGAGGGGAUUUACCGCCGACUAAAACCAUCAUCGUCUACAGGAACGGCGACGCUUUCUUCCCCGGAAGGAAACUGGUCGUGAACCCGCGGCAGCUGUCGACCUUUGACGGCUUUUUGACCUUUCUGACCAGAACCAUCGAGGCUCCGUUCGGGGCCGUCCGGAGGCUGUACACGCCCCGGCAGGGCCACCGGGUCCAGCACAUGGACGAGCUGAAGCACGGCAGCGUGUAUGUGGCGGCUGGAAACGAGCAGUUCAAGAAGCUGGACUAUUGUGAGAUAACAACCAAGAAGCCGCAGAGGAAGAAGCAAGAACACAUUCAACCUGUUGCUCACAGUAAAAUAGUCGUUUCUGCUCGCUGGGAGAGAUUUGCUGACGAGUCUUACACCAUACAUGUUUUUACCAACGGGGACGUCCUGGCUUCUCCGGUCCGAAUAAGAAUCCCAAAGUAUACUCGUAGAAGCUGGGAGAACGUUUUAGCCAUGGUGACGGAGAAAGUGCGUCUUCGUACUGGUGCUGUUUACAGGCUUUGCACAUUAGACGGACGGCCCGUCUGCGGUCCCACUGAGCUGGAGAACAACCAGCACUAUGUUGCAGUUGGUGCAGAAAAGUUUAAAGCCCUCCCGUACGACCGGUGCGUCCCCUGCAGGGAAUUAGUAAAGAGAAACGACGCGAUUGAAGGCCAAGACACCCGGCCCGCUCUGAGAAACAAAAGACAUGCAAAGGAUAUGCCUCCUGAUACACACAGUUGUCUGCUCCCACCGGAGACGUUUGCUCAUACCGGCUUUAGAGAAGACCUUGAGCACACAGCCAGGGGCCAGAUGAAGAAACACACAGCCAAGCCAGAGACAACCAAACAACAGAGGCAGGUGUCCAGAAACCCAGGUCUCUUCUCGACGGGGGAGGGCAGCGUGUUCAAUGCACAAAACAAAAGAAGUGAGAUGGCAGGAGCAGCGGAGGUGCAGGAAGAGCGCCAGUUGAAGGUGGACCUGCCAAUUGAUCAGGUUGAGGCCAAGAUAGUUGAAGAGGAGUAUGAAGAUGGGAGUUCUUCUGCGAGUCUCUGCAAGGCCUCCCUCCACGAUUCCGAUAACUUGUGUCUGCACAGGUCGUUGUUUGCGGAUUCCAGGAAGGAUGAGGCUAAAGAGAGGGAGGUGUCUUCCAGGCUCGGCAGAAUACGGUCACGGGUGUCCCGGCUUUUCAAGGGUAAAACGAAACCGUAACGUUUCUCGUUUCCAGCUGCAUCUCUUUCAUUCAAAAGACUCAUUGAACGCAGUGUCAGACUGCUAAGGACCAGACGUCCUCGUUCUCUUCUGUCUCCAGAAG